CCAACAGAUUCAAGCAGCAUCCUGCAUCUCCUCCAUCUGCCCAAAAGCCUCUACCUGUCCACCGACUGCCAGUUGCUUCCUGUGGUGUGGCUGUGACCAAAAAGAAAAUUGAGAAGGAAGGAAAACCAAAGCCCAAACCGGAGGUUGGGGGACCGGAGCACGAAAUUAGGCAGAUGUCGGAAAAAGAGUCCUCAGCGAAGUUAUCAAACAAAACCAAAGAUACUGAUCAGAAACCAGGGACCACGUCUGCUGAGGAAGCUGCUAGAAUCUUGGCUGAGAACCGGCGUCUGGCUCGUGAGCAGAAGGAGCGUGAGGAGCAGGAGAGACUUCAGUUACAAGAAGCUGAGAGGUGCAGGAAAGAAGAGCUAAAGAAGAGAGAAACUGAAGAGAGGGCCCGCAGGGAAGCAGAAGCCCAUCUGCAGGAAGAGGAGAGAAAACUGACAGAAGAGGAAAAUCAAAGAAAAGCUGAAGAGGAAAGGAUUUGUAGAGAGGAAGAGGAGAGAGAGCGUCUAUUAGAUCUGCAGCUCCAGAGAGAAGAAGCAGAAGCAAAAGCUUUGGAAGAAGCUAAUCGGCAGAGACUGGAGCGAGAACGGAUCACCCAGCAGAAUGAGGAGGAACGACGUGCGAGGAAGCAGAGAAUUGCAGAGGUCAUGAAGAGAGUAAGGGGGCCUGGCCAAGAUGAAUCAAAGAAGGAUGGAAGAUCAGAUGAUACUACUGCUGAGGAAAGCAGUGAGGAUGAACACAGGAACGAGGAUGCAGAUGAAAUAGAUAGCACCAAUGGAAUUGAUGAGCUUCAAGUUAUUGUACAAGAAUGUGCUGAGUUGUCAGAUGGAGCUGUCUCUGUUGAGAUAACUGAACUGAAUGGUGUUCAUGCGGUGAAUACCACCAGCGACCAUUUGAACAAAGACCAGACAGAGGAUGUGAG